UCCUCUACUACCUCCCUGUCCGCCUGCCUCCCUCCGCGUGUAGGCUCUCUCCGCUGGCAGGGUAGAGUAGAGUAGAGUAGAGUAGAGCGAGCGCCCUUCAAUUCCCUCCAACCCAGCCGGGCAAUGCCGUGCAAACCCUAGCCCCCCGCCCACCUGAUCCCCGCGCGCGGCCAUGGGCAACUGCUGCCGCUCGCCGGCCGCCGCCGCGCGGGAGGACGUCAAGUCCUCGCACUUCCCCGCCGCCGCCGCCAAGAGGAAGCCGCACCAGCCUCGGAGCGGCGCCGCGGGGGGCGCGGCGGCGGGCGGAGGAGGCGGAGGCGGAGGGGCGAAGCGGCUGGCCGUGCUGGGCGAGGAGGGGUGCGACUUCAUCGGCGGGAUCGACGACAAGUACCUGCUGGACCGGGAGCUGGGGCGCGGCGAGUUCGGGGUCACGUACCUCUGCGUCGACCGGGACACCAAGGAGCAGCUCGCCUGCAAGUCCAUCUCCAAGCGCAAGCUGCGCACCCCCGUCGACGUGGAGGACGUGCGGCGGGAGGUGGCCAUCAUGCGCCACCUGCCCCGCAGCCACAGCAUCGUGUCCCUGCGGGAGGCGUGCGAGGACGAGGGCGCCGUGCACCUCGUCAUGGAGCUCUGCGAGGGCGGCGAGCUCUUCGACCGCAUCGUCGCCAGGGGCCACUACACGGAGCGCGCCGCCGCCAACGUCACCCGCACCAUCGUCGAGGUCGUGCAGCUCUGCCACCGCCACGGCGUCAUCCACCGGGACCUCAAGCCCGAGAACUUCCUCUUCGCCAACAAGAAGGAGAACUCGCCGCUCAAGGCCAUCGAUUUCGGCCUCUCCAUUUUCUUCAAGCCCGGUGAAAAGUUUUCAGAAAUUGUUGGAAGCCCCUAUUACAUGGCUCCUGAAGUAUUGAAGAGAAACUAUGGACCGGAAAUAGACAUAUGGAGUGCCGGGGUUAUCUUAUAUAUUUUACUAUGUGGAGUUCCUCCGUUUUGGGCUGAGACCGAACAAGGGGUAGCACAAGCUAUUCUUCGUGGGAAUAUCGAUUUUAAGCGAGAACCCUGGCCUAAUGUAUCGGAAAAUGCUAAAGAUUUGGUUCGACGUAUGUUGGAACCAGAUCCAAAGCUCAGGUUAACUGCAAAGCAGGUUCUUGAGCACCAUUGGCUUCAAAAUGCUAAGAAAGCUCCAAACGUUCCUCUUGGAGAUAUUGUCAAGUCAAGGCUUAAGCAAUUUUCGAGAAUGAAUAGAUUCAAAAGAAGAGCUCUAAGAGUCAUUGCUGAUCAUUUGUCUGCUGAGGAAGUUGAGGACAUAAAGGAGAUGUUCAAGGCAAUGGAUACUGACAAUGAUGGCAUUGUCUCUUGUGAAGAAUUGAAGAGUGGGAUAGCAAAAUUUGGCUCUCACCUUGUGGAAUCAGAAGUGCAGAUGCUUAUUGAAGCUGUGGAUACAAACGGUAAAGGAGUACUAGAUUAUGCCGAAUUUCUAGCUGUCUCUCUUCAUCUGCAAAGGAUGGCAAAUGAUGAGCACCUUCGGCGGGCCUUCUUAUUCUUUGACAAGGAUGGCAAUGGUUACAUCGAGCCGGACGAGCUUCGAGAGGCUCUGAAGGAUGACGGAGCAGCUGAUAGCAUGGAAGUUGUGAAUGACAUACUGCAAGAAGUUGACACCGAUAAGGAUGGCAAAAUUAGCUACGACGAAUUCGUGGCGAUGAUGAAGACGGGCACAGACUGGAGAAAGGCAUCACGGCACUACUCGAGAGGCAGAUUCAACAGCCUUAGCAUGAAGCUUGUGAAGGACGGUUCCGUCAAAUUGGGCGUGGAGUAAAAAACAUGGUGUUUAUUUGUGCAUGUAGUUAGGCAUUUGGGCCCCACUAAGCAGCAGCUCCUUUAGUUUUUGUCAUGGUCGUUUUGCGUGGAAAUUUAGAUAGGUGGAACCCCCCCUGAUUGGCUUACAUGUGUAAUUAGUUCUCGUGGAUGAGUGGCAAUGGCACGCGCGUGGUGACUGGUGAGCGAUGUGCCAAGAGCAUUGCGCCUGCUUUCUGAACUACUGAUGCCAAGUGUUGUACAAUGUUUUGCCGCACACAAAUACAGUUUCUAGAUUUGGUGUAGAUGUGUCUGAAAUAAGAUGUGCCGGCUCAGUA